UCUUUCCAAUCUACUAGGGGUAUCUGCGCAUGCGCACAACAUUGCGCAAUAUCAAACAUGGCGGCCGCCUGCACAGUCGUUAGUACAGCUUGCAAAGGUGCAACUCUUGUUCCCUGUGGUCAGCGGUUUGUUCCGAGCUUCCUUUCACUGAUGCGGCGCCAGUGUUUGAGGCUGCAAACCACGUCUCUUUGCAGUCAAUCGACUGAGGUACCGCGGAAGCAACAGGAUAGCAGCCGAGUGGAGGAAGAGGAGAGUGAAAGUGAGGGUCCGGAGUACAUUCCCCUUAGAAAGGCCAAAAAUCCCAUGAUGAAGAUUGGCUAUGCGUGGAUGAUAGGCCUCCCUACUGGUAUUAUUGGCUUCCUGCUGGUCAAGCGGCAAGUGGACAAGAACCGUUUAAAGCAGUUGAAAGCUCGACAGAGGAUGCAAAGGUCAAACGAAGGGGACUACGAAGGAAGCCGCUACCGCAAAACUGCUGAGAAUGUUAAACUUGACCAGUAAUGCAAAGAUGGAAUCUAAAUAAGAGGGACCCUUCAUUUUCAUGCAGGGAAAGAACUUAAGGAGUAAAUAUGAUAGAAAAAUGUGCAUGUAUAAAUGACUAUUUUCAAUGUGUUUAUGAGUGUGCCGAAGAAAAUUCUAUGCUAAUUUAACUCAUAACAUAUGUAAAACACAAAACUCACAAAUGAACUGUUAUUUAUUGUGCAUGAAAAGCCAGCGUAUUUACAAGCAAUACCGGAGAGUUUUAAAGCUUUUUCAAGACAGAGUACCUCUUGGGUAUUAACAGUUCAAAAUGGCAUAAUUACUUUAUAUUGUUCUAUGUCGCGGGGUGUCCAAACUGCGGUCUGCGGCCCCAGUUUUUUUAUUGGCCCACAGCAAAUUGUGAAAUUAUCAAUGAAAAUGGUCCUAAACUGUGCUUUUCCAUUGGAUCAGGGUUCAAAACUUUAAAUGUUGAAAUUAAGGUAGGAAACUCGAAUUUGUUUAUCAAAGAGAGAAUCGAGACAAAUUAUCUUAAAAACUACUGAAAAUGCACCAAUUUCUGCCAACUAUUUUAAUAGAAAAACAAUAUACCGUAAUUUUCAGACUAUAAACCAGUACUUUUUUUGCUCAUUUUGAAUCCUGCGGCUUAUUUAUUUGGGUUAAUAGGUAACACUUUGACAGCAGCGUCAUAAGACUGACAUAAAACCAUCAUUAUUUUGACAUGUCAUCAUCAUGGCCAUUAAUGAAUGCUUUUGACAGGUGUCAUCUGGCAAAUUAUGUCACUAACUUCAUUUAUGUCCAGCUCGGAUCUUUUACAUCCAUUCGAAAGGGAGAUAAUUUGCCGGAUGACACAAGAUGACAUCUGUCAUAAGCAUUCAUUAAUGCUCAUGGCAGUGUCAUGUCAUAAUUAUGAUGGUCUUAUGACAGUUUGAUGGCGCCACUGUCAAAUAAAGUGUUACCAAAUUCCAUAGCUAGCAAAUUAAUGGAACAACUAGAACAGGGACUGAAGAAAUAGUUAACACAAAACAUGAAUUUUGAUUUGUUAUUUACAUCUGUAGCACUGCAGUGCAUGCUAGGAGGCAUGUUGGAUGACAACACUGUUGACAGCAGGUGGCAGCAGAGUUUGACUGUCUCCACCAAGAGAACAGUGAUGGCCAAAUGAAGCUUCUUGAAGCAAUGAAGCUUUGGAGCCAAUUGGUUCAAAGCUUCAUGGUGGUUCAUUUGGUUUUAUGACAGUCUUAUGAUGCCACUGUCAAAGUGUUACCAGUUGAUAACUUUUGGUGUGAAUAUCCCAUGAUACAGUAAAGGACAGCUGCAGCUUAUAGUCCAGUGCGGCUUUCCUGUGAACAAAUUUUCGUGUCAAAUUUGGUGGGUGGCGGCUUAUAGUCAGGUGCUCCUUAUAGUGCAAAAAUUGAUAUAGCUUCAUAUUUCAGGUGAGCUAUCCUAACAAUCGUUACUCAAUUUUCAAAUAGCUGCAGUCAUUGUAAAGCUCUAAAGAAUGUAUGGUUCAUUUGGCAUGCAAACAUCCAAAACGAGAAAAAAAAAUGAAUAAAAUACACAGGAUGGCACAAAUAAAGUACAAUUAAGAGCCAUUUUUAGUUGAAGAAAAACUACGGGCCAUAAUGGUUCAAAGUAAAGAUUUGGCUAGCUACAUGUGAGCAUGUACAGUGCCCUCCAUAAUUAUUGGCACCCCUGGUUAAGAUGUGUUUUUUAGCUUCUAAUAAUUUUUUUUAAUUCAAAUAAUAUUGGACUUUAAUAGAAAAAAAGACAAAUCCAACCUUCAAUACAAGUGCAUUUAUUCAGUGGGGGAAAAAAUCCCACAUAAAGAAAAAAAUAUUUGACAUCAAAUAAUGUGUGUCACAGUUAUUAGCACCCUUGGUGUUAAUACUUUGUACAACCCCCUUUUGCCAACAAAACAAGGUCUGGGGACUGAGAU